CUCUGGGUUAAUUCCUUAUUACAAUCAUUUUCUUCAUUAUAACAGAUAAUAUUUCAAUCUUCAAUUUUAUUUUAGUGUAAUUAUUUCACCUAAAGCUUGCAGAUUUGAUUCAUUGUUCGUUGAUCAGAUUGGGGUUGGGAUUCAUUUAGGGCACCAUUUUCUUCGAGGGAAGGAGGGGAAUUUAAGAAGCGUAUACAUCAUAUUGGGUCUUAUUGUAUUCAAUUUUGUUGACGUUGUUUCAUAUAUCCUCGGCAGGGAACCAAUUGAUUCUGGAGAAGGGUUUGAUUUUGAGCUUGAAUUUGGGUUGAUACGACUUCAUUUUAUUUGACAAGAUGGUUUAUCACUCUAGCUUUGUGGAUGAGGAAGGAAUUACCAAAGCUUGUGGGUUCCCUCUGCUGCCUUUGAAAAGCCAUAUAAAGGGUCCUGCUCCGGUUUCAGAACAAGAUAGGACUGAUAUUGUUGAUGAGGCAAUUACAUUCUUUCGUGCCAAUGUGUUCUUUAGAAACUUUGAUGUCAAGAGCUCGGCUGACAAGCUAUUGAUUUAUCUGACAUUCUACAUUAACGUGGCUUUGAAGAGGCUGCAAGGUUGUAGAACUUUGGCUGAAGGUACCAAGGCAAUUAUCAAUUUGGGUCUGGAAAAGGUUCCUGUGCCUGGAGAGCCCAGUUUCCCUUUGCCGGGCCUUUUUCCUCUGCCUCAAUCUGAAAAGGAAGCAGAAUUGCUCCGGAAUUAUUUGAAGCAGAUAAGGGAAGAAGCAAGUGGGAGAUUGUUGAGUGUUGCUUAUAAAUCUAAUGGGACUCCUAACAAGUGGUGGUUGGCAUUUGCCAAAAGGAAAUUCAUGAACAUAAUUGUUCCAUCAUGAAUAAUUCAGUGUGAUUUUUCCAGUCAGUAACACAUAGUUCAUGCCUCAAGAUUAUUGGAGGUGAAAAAUCUAUUCAUCCUACCUUUUGUUUUUUCAAGAUUCUGUUCUGUAUUGAAACUUAAACCUGGCCAUAAUGCACCGGUAUUCAUUAGUGUGAAAAUGCAUAUUAGUGUGAAAAUGUAUAAUGUAGUUACCUCAGAUGUUUGUGCAUGACAGACCGUUAUUGUUUCAGUGCGGUGAUCAUAGAACUUUACAAAUCAGGGUUUGCCUCUCAUAGUAGUUAGUGCAGCUGGUAAGGUU